ACUGAUGAAGCCACAGAACCACCAGCUGCUGCAGACCCAGCAGCUGAUGCUAAUGAAGAUACAGACCCAACACCUGCUCCAGCGGACACUGAGACUGAAGCACCUACAGCAAAAGCUGAUGAUGUAGACGCUGAUCAACCAGCUGUAGAUCCUGCUUCAAGCACUGAGGCACCACCUGCUCCAGAGGAGACAACACCAGCAGCAGCAGCAGAUGAUGAUAAAGCACCUGUUGAAGUAUCAACCCUGCCACCUCUCCCUAACGUUAACGAAGACAUGAUUGUGCCUGCCAAAGAUGCUGGCUUGAACUCGGAAAACGUCUUGCCGCCUGCAGAUGGCAACCCACCACCCCCAGGAAAGAGCCGCAGCAUUGGAACCGAGGAUAAACCUGAGGUUAAAGAGAGCGGCUCCGGCUCUUUAGCAGGAAUCCUAAGUGCAGUUGGGGUGGCUGCUGUGGGAGCAGUCACUGGAUACUUCACCUACCAGAAGAAGAAACUGUGCUUCAAAAACAGACAGGAAGCGGAUCCGGAGGCUGCACACAAAGCGGAUGCAGCGGAGGCUCAGUCGGAUCCCCAGGUCCUCAGUACCCUGCUGAACUCCUCCUAGACCAGCUGUGAUCACCUGACUGCCUGGACCAACUACAGUCAAGCAAAGUGGCAAUCUCACUGUUAGGCUCUAUCCUCUGUAGAGCUAAAUUACUGUGAGGCCCCAGAUUAGGGCUGUGUGUCUCUGUGUGAGCGUGCGUUAGUGUGUAUGCGUGUGUGUGUGUUGGUGUACAUGAGCCUGUGUGUGUGUGUGAGUGUGCAUAUGUGUGUGUUCAUUCUGCGUGAACACGUGGGGGGGGAAAAAAAAGAGUUAGACAAAGAUCAAGUAAAUAUAUGUGAAUUUUAGGGGUUUUAUGAUUGUUACGACAUAGGAAUUUAUUCAAAUGAUCGGUCAAACUCACGACUUCGAACCAAAUCUUUUUUUCAGAGUGGCCAUGAAAGAGAUUAAAUCUCAAAUUAAAUAUAACCAUAAAAUGGAUUAACUACAGAGCUACUUUUUUACUUUAUUUGUAUGGCUACUACGCAGUUCUAGUAAUUCAGUGUGAACAUAAAACCAGUAAUAGGCAUUGAUGUUGUAGGUGUUUAACUUGUAGUGAAUUAUUACAAGUGGAUUUUAUUAUUUUUUUUCUGAUUCUGCCAUUGUUUGAACCACCCUUCUGAUUUAGAAAAUUCAUGGGGAACCAAACACAAUUUCCUGCAGUACAAAAUGCAGGACAAAUGGACUAAAAAGGGGGGGCUUUUAAAAACUACACUGUAUUUUGUGGUUUCUGACUUGGAACAGUAGUGUAGGACUUUAAUCCUAGUAUUCUGGGGAUGCUGUUAUAUGGUCCGAUCUGUGUUUAGAGGGCCAACGAUGUCACUGUGUGUGUGUGUGUAUGUGUGUUUUGUUUUUUUGUUUUUUUUUGAUCGGUGAAGGGGCUUAGUUUUAAAUCCUGUUAAGUGACUACCACUUCUCCUCAGUCCGCUGAAUAAAUUGAAUGUUGAUGAAACUUCUUAUUGACCUCUGGAAAAAGUGCAAAGUCCACAGAAACUGAUUCAAGACCCAGAUCAGUUUAACCCAAAUCUAAACUUUACUGAAGUGAAUCGAAGUGAUUUCUACUCCAACCCUAAUUCUGUACAUGGAUGAAUGGUCACCUGACAUGGACAAAUUAUAAAAAAAAAAAAAAAAAAAAACGAAAAGGAAAAAAAAAAAAAGGAGUUCAUGUAGUAUUGUGUUAGACAUUGUUCUGAUGUAGUUUGUGUCAGUCUAGUUGUGAUGCAGUAAUUUCUUCGCUAUAGUGCCUUUCACUGACACAGCCUGGCUUGACCAAUCUACAGACACACAGGGAAGGUAGCUGAAGACAGAAAAAAUUAAGAAUGUAUGCUCUUUAUUAUUCCAUAAAUGAUCUGUUUUUUGGUGGUGACAUUGAACUGGUCGUAAAAUAGCUGCAUUACACACAACAGCUGCUGUGUUCGCAGGAGGCCGGUUUGCCGUCAUAGUUCUUGUGCUUUUUAUAACUCGACUCACAUUCCAAACUCUUUUUAACAGCCGCCGUUGAUUUCAGACGUGAAAUUCUUCUCGUUGUGUGUCUCUUCAUUUGAGCAAGCCAGUCGCUGUCACAGUGUUUUUGUAUCAUUCAUAUCUCCACAUGGGAAGAAAGAAAAAAAAAUCACCAACCACCUGUAAUUUUUAUAUGAAUUCUUUACAUUUAGCAGUGGUGCCUCCGAGCCGACGCAGAUAGUCUUUAGUCAACUUGUUUGCUGUGGUAUUUUGUGAUGACUUAUUGUGAAAUGCCUCAGAAGAAGCGCUACUGCUGCUUUUUUUUUUUUUUUUUUUUUUUGCCACUGUAGCACAACAAAAGAAAAAAAAAAAAACAUUACUAACUUCUGAAUGUCUUUUUGUUGCCUUGAAGUUUUGUACUUGCCCUGCUCCCUUUAAACUUUUAAAUAUGGUUCUAGAGGUUGCAUCGUGCUGCAGUUUUAUGUAAAGUGUGUUACUUGUAAAAGCACCAUAUAGCUGCAAUACAGGACAGAGACUGUUGCUAACAGCCUAGCCUCAAGCCGAGAAAUAUUAAUAGUCUGUGAUGUCACAUAUCGAUUAAUUCUACACUACAAACUGUGGGCUGGACACAGGGUCAAAGCUCUGCCUGCUUUUCCUGUAAUCUGUGAUAGACGAUAGACGAGUUUCUCUUGAGACAGCCGAGCGAGCGGAUAAGCGUGUCUGGCGCGGAGUGAUAAUGCACAAAAUACCCACUAAAUAAGAGUACAAGCUUUUAGAAAUAGCCACCGAUGCCUUCAAAGUAGAAAAUAAAUGCAGUACUUUCCCCCUUUGUGCACUCCAGUAAGUGCAAUAGGGACCAACAAAAGCACUCUGAAAUCCUGCAGUAGAAAAAAAAAACCUAUUGGGACGGAUUUGAUAAAAAUAAAAAAUAAAAAAAAAAGUAAAAGAGCCUCCAGCAAUAUUAAAAUCCUGAAAUGAAUGAAAAAUGGAGCAUUGAUUGCUUGUGUUAUGAGCACUAUGGUCCACACUAUUUAGUCACAUUCCUUAUAAGCACCAAGUAUCGGAGCAAAGAAUGUAAACCUUAAGACUUAUUGGGUCCUGAAGUGCACUUCCCAGGUAAUGCUAGGGCAUCAAUCAUGGCGCUGACCGGUCCUGCCUUAUACCCUCUUGAAUAUUCCUGAGAGGACAACAAAGAACAAUGUCAUCAUCAGAGAGAAACAGUGAAACAAGCAGAGAUGUUUUGUAAUAACAAUCUGUAAGGGAGAAGCACUUUCCUAUCCUGUAUACAUCUUGAUUUAUUAAACACAUUUAGACAACUCAUUUUUUGAUUUAGACGAGUGUAAGAUUCUUCCUUUUUAUUUAAAGAUUCUGUGUUGUUGUUUUUUUUGUGUGUGUGUAGGAACUGUCAUCUUCAUUUUUUUUUUGUCAUCUGGCACUUGUAUUCUUCUGGAGUUGUGUAAAUAAUGUUUGAGGAGUCAAUUAAAUAGUUUUCGUGGGA